UAAACUUCAAAUUAUUAUUAAUUUCUGUAUUUGAAGCUGAACUUUUUGCUACACCAUUAAAAGCGGAUUUCCUUAUAAAUCUCCUGUUUUUGGUGUUUCAAUUAACAUUUAUUACCUUUGGAUCUUGGAAUCUCUGUCCCAACUAUACUCCCCACGUUUUGAAUCAACCCCCCCAAUCUUGGCUGUUUGAAUUUUCUGUUUUCUUCGUCGUCGUCUUAAUCAUCGAUCGAUCGAUAGUCAGAUUAAUUGUCGACGAAAAUCAGUUAUCGAAUAACUCAGCAAAUCUGUUUCGAACACUGGCCUCCUCGACGGAAUCGGAAUCGGGUUCAGGUGGAGUUACAUCUCCUCCUCCGAGGAAGAGACUCCGUCUGUUCCCUCAACAACACCAACAAUAUCAUCAACAAGCACAGAACGUCGCGCAAUCAUUCGUCGAAGCUAAAGCUGAAGAAGAAAGACAAGUAACCGGAAGAGCAAUCACCUCCGCCUCCCUCAUCACCUCCUCAGCAGCUAUUAAUAAUAAUAGUAACAGCAGCAGUGUACAACCACAAUCUCAACAGCAACAAUCAUCGUCAUCGUUAAGGUUAAAUCCACUACAAGCAUCGACAAGCAGCAACAAUAUGCAUUCAUUUGGUGUAACCAAUGGCUCUGGUCAUGAGGAGCAAUCAUCAUCAUCGUCUUCCAAUACAACACCGUUGGAAUCGAAUGGUCUAUUCAUCGCUAAUGGUGGCGAUGUACAAACCAAUGGAGCUGGUAGCGGGGGUGGGGGUGGAAACAAUGUCGCUGGUGGUACAGGAGGAAUGACCAGUAAUGGUAAUAGCAAUAUUAGCAAUGGUAAUACGGCGGAAUCAUCGAAUUGUGUACCGAACAAUUACACUAAUGGAUCGACUAACAAUAACGAUGAUGAUGAUGAUGAUCUAGAUGGAUACGAAGAUGGCCCUUAUAUGAAUGGUGAUGCUCAUCGUAAACAACCGCCUAAUCGAAAAAAUAAAGCAUUUGUUCCUCGAUCACCCAGUGAAUUUGAUAUUAUUCGAUUGAUUGGCCAACAAUUAUGCAUCAUGGGUUUGGAUCAAACUGUCGAACAAUUGAUUAAAGAAUCAGGAUGUCGACUCGAUCAUCCUACUGCAGCUAAAUUUCGUUCAUGCGUCAUGAAUGGUCAAUGGGAGAAGGCGGAUACAACGCUUAAAGAAUUGCAUAAUUAUCUUGUGAAUCCCAAACAUUUAGUGAAGAUGAAAUUUUUGCUUUUGGAACAAAAAUAUCUUGAGUGUAUUGAAGAUGGUCGUGAAAUAGAUGCUGUUCAUUGUCUGCAAAAUGAAAUAACACAGCUUAAAUAUAAUAUGGAAAAAUUGCCAAUCAUAUGCAGUUAUCUCUUCAUGAAUUCAAUUGAAGAACUAAGACGUGUCGCCAAUUGGGAUGGUAAAGGACAUGCAUCGCGAUCGAAAUUGAUGGAAAAACUACAAAAUUUUCUUCCAGCAACCAUAAUGUUACCACCCAGACGAUUACAAUGUCUAUUGAAUCAAGCAAUUGAAUUUCAAAAAGAACGUUGUCCAUACCAUAAUAUCAAAGUCGAGAAUGGUCUCGAUGAUUUUUCACUGCUUGUGGAUCAUCUAUGCUGCAAGGAUGAUUUACCCAGUGAAACUUUACAAACAUUGACUGAACAUAAAGAUGAAGUAUGGUUCUGUCGAUUUUCUAACGAUGGAACUCGUUUGGCCACUGGUUCCAAAGAUGGAAAUAUUACCAUUUGGACCAUUGAUCCUGAAACUUUCCAAUUGACAUUAAAACAUACACUUGUUGGACAUACAUUUGGUGUGGCCUAUUUUGCCUGGAGUCCAGAUGAUCAUUAUCUUCUGGCUCUCGGUCCCGAAGAAAGUUCGGAAUUUUGGCUUUGGGACACUCAUACCGGAACAUUGAAAACUAAAAGUUGCCAUUCAAAUGACGAUAGUUUGAUUGCAUGCGCCUGGCAUAAAGAUGGUAAAAAAUUCAUUGCUGGUGGUACGCGUGGUCAAUUUUAUCAAAUUGAUUUAAAUGGAACUGUAAUCGAUUCUUGGGAAGGUGUUCGUGUCAUGUGUUUGGCAUAUAAGAAUGAUGGUAAAACUGUUCUAGCAGCCGAUACUCAUCAUCGGAUACGUGGCUAUAAUUUUGAAGAUCUAACCGACUUUAAUGUAUUGAAAGAAGAUCAUUCCAUAAUGUCAUUCGUAUGUGAUGAAAGUGGCCGCCUAGCAUUGAUUAAUAUUGAGAAUCAAGGCGUACAUUUAUGGGAUAUAGAAGAUCGAAUUCUUCUUCGGAAAUUUCAAGGCAUUACACAAGGUCUAUAUACGAUUCAUUCAUGUUUCGGUGGUGUAGAUCAAUUAUUUGUUGCCAGUGGUAGUGAAGAUAAUAAAGUCUACAUUUGGCAUAUGAAACGUGAACAUCCGAUCUCAGUGCUGAAAGGCCAUACACGUACGGUAAAUUGUGUCCAUUGGAAUCCACGAUAUCCCCACUUGUUGGCCAGUGCUUCGGAUGAUACAACUGUGCGAAUUUGGUGCGCCAAACAUCGCCAUCAACAUCAUCAUCAAGCCAACAAUAUCAAUAAUGUCAAUAAUAGCAAUCAUCAUAGCAGCAGUAGUAGUAAUCAUAAUCGUGAUUCAAUUAGCUUAAACAACCUGGCUGCCAAUAACCGAUGCACCUCGUCGGCCUCAUCGUCGACCAUACAACCACCACCACCACCACCAUCUUCAGGUCAUCAAGUCACAACAACAAUGAUGAUUAAUAAUGAAACGACAACCAUCUCGAUACUUCCUACAGCAGCAAGCAUAUUAACGACAACAUCCUCAUCACAGCCAUCACUGUCAUUAUCGUCAAUUCGACAUGCAACAUACGGUUCAUCAUCAUCCACAUCAACCUCAUCGAAUAGCGCGACCAUCAAUCCUUCAACCACACCAUCAUUAUCAUCGUCUUCGAUAAGCAAUCCUCAUCAUCAUACACAUCAUCAAAGCAUUUGUUCAUCACCAUCAACAUCUCCUUUGUCAAACAUUUCAUUGAUCCAGCCAUCGACAAUUCAGCAUCAUUCAAGUGGUCGUAUGGUCAUUACAACAGGAUCAACAAUGGCGGCCGAUGCUAGUAAUAAUAACAGUUGUAAUAACCAAAUUCAACAACCAUCAACCUCAACCACGUCGUCGUCCUCUCAAGGUGGUGGCACCCAAAGGCGUACUAAUACAUCAUUGACAUUCUUUGUGUCAUCAUCUGAUCAAUCUCAAUUCACACAAAAUCCUGCUUCUGUUUCGGUUGUCGGGACAGUGGAUACGGCACCAUCAUCGCCAACGCCUCUUCCACCACCACCACCACCACCACCUUCUUCGGCAUUGACAUCACGCAGCGAACAACAACAAGCUUCUGCUUCAAGUGAUGAAUCAUCUUCAUCGACAACAUCACCAUCAUCAUCCUCAUCAUCAACAACGGCUAGUUCAUCAAAUCUUGGUAGAAUAUAAAAUCAGCUAAUAUCGUUAACGAAACGAGGGUAGAAAGAAAUUGUAAUUCAAACUAUUCGGUAUAACAUUCAUUGGUUAAUCAACCAAUUAAAAUACAGGUGAAGACAAAGACAAUUGCAAUGAUCCAGAGAAAAAACGAUUUGUUCUUAUGAUUCAGUGCCUAAAAAUUUUUUUUGUUUAAAAUUUUUCGCAAACUAAAACAAAUGGAAAAGAUAUUUUCAUUCAACACAUUUAUACAUCAUCCUCAUCAUCUUUGGCGUUGUUCGUAUUUCUCCUUCUCGAUUUUUUGUGUGUACGUGUACAAUUGCACAUCCACCCACUCUAUCCACCCACCUACAAGAUAUGUCUUGAAUGUGGAUGCGUAUAUAAAGUGUUGUAAGCAAUCAACAAUUCAUAAGUUAUUCGAAUUUCAACUGUGAAAAUACCACUUAUAUACACAAGCGAUUGUUUGAUAAUCUCAAAUCAAAUCUAUUCAUUAUGACGCUUGUCCGAUAUUAAUUACGAUAUAUAUUAUAUGAUUGUUGAUGUAUGAAUAAAUGCAAAAUAUAACCAACAAAACAAAAAUCCCAAAAAUCGGACAAGGGAGAAUUUUUUUUUUUUAUAAAUUCAUAAAAUGUAAAUAUAUUCGAAAUGAUAACAUACAUAUGCACACACACACACAUACAUUUACUAAAUGAAUGGUCCAUUGGAUAGAAUUGUUGCAGAAUAGAUGAAUUAAUUAAUUCGGUCUUGUUUUGUAAAUAUUUUUUCACACACACACACACAUCACAUAUAUUGAUAUAUAUUUAGUUGAAUUAAUUGAUGUGAAGACAAUGUGUGAGUUAUGCAGCAAUAGUUUUUCUCCUGUCUUCUUUAAGUGUCAAACAAUGAUGAUAUGUUAUUUGUAUUGAAUUUAAAAAAAAAUUCAAAUUCUUUCAACUGAAUGCGUGACAGAGCAAAGCAAAGAUAAAAAUAAUAGGCAAACGAAACCAUCACUUGUUAUUUUCAAUCCAUAUAUAUUGAUAUUAUAUUUUGGCCAAGAAAGAUUUUAAUUAAAAAUAAUAAUUUCAGAAAUA